UUUUGGUUGAUGCGGGGAAUUUAAAAUGGAAUCAGAGAUUUUAAGCGAAGCUGAGAAGCUGUACACUGAGGCUACUAUCAAAUGCUCCAAGUAUUAUGGUUUACCAAGUGAGUCUGACUGUCUGGCCACAUCUCUGCAUGAUGCCAAAAAGAAAAAGACAGAAAUGAAAUCAAAGUAUUUAGAACUUUUAGAAUCAUUGUUUUUAAUGUCUGAACUUAAUAAACCAAUGGAACACUGGUCAACAACUUUCAUUGCAGAAAAAGAAAUGCCUGAAUUAGAUGAGCCUUUGAAUAAAGCUGUAUCACUGUAUAACAAGAGAAAAAGUGAAUUGGAAGCAACUGCUAAACUGGCAACAGAAGCGAUAGAUACUCUGAAAGAAAAGCUGACCUUAUUGUCUGAAAAGAAAUGUCAGUUGGAAAAAAAGUAUGUUAAAAUGAGAGAGAAAAAUCCAUCUUUAGUAAGUGCUGUAAACAUUCAGACCCACAGUGAUGAUGUUAAAACAGACGCUAAAAAGGUUAAGCUGCUCCUACAGUCUGUGACCAGACAACAUGAUUUACUGCAAGACAGGCUCGGUAGAAUAGAAAAUAACUUGCAGCGUCAACAACGUGAAAUUAUUGAAACAAAAAAGGAAGAGGCAACGUGGAAUUCAUGUUUAACUAAAAUACAAGCAAGACUGGAAGAUGUUGUAAAUUUAUCAGGUAUUCGCUGCCAGGUUAAAGAUGAGAAGACUGUGCAGGUGGAAUUUCUGUCCCCACUUGAGAAAAUUGAGGAGGAAUCUUCAAGUGACAAAUCACGACUGAUUGUCUUGUUGGAGGUGUGUGAGGAUCACCUAGGUUUUCUUCAGCUGACCAACGUCAAGACUAACCAAGUGAUCUGUGGGUCAGAAUCCAUCAUUGAAGCUGCUCUGGCUGACAAAGAUGUUCCUAAACUUAUUUUGGAGCUUAAAACUCUUUGGCUGUCUCAGGUUCCAUUAAUCACUGAGAUUCAGCAGUUGAGAAAAAAGCAUGCAAUUGACUGGAUACCUGAGAAAAAUCUUCUCUAUCUGAUGGUGAAGAAUAGCUGCAGUGUUGUGUGUACACUAACUGUUCCCCCACAAUACCCUGCUGAGGGUGAUAUUACAUUGGAAAGCAUUAUGGGCCCUAGCAAUGAAAUUACAGUUGAAGAUGUCAAGCCCCCAACACAAACUACCCUUACAGCAUGGAUCAGUCACUUGGAAAACCUACCUUGGAAGAUAAGUUGAUGAAAGAAUCAGGCUAAUAAUAAUAUUCAAAUACACUCAUGUUCUAAAGCUGCACAAAAUUAGAAAAUAAUGUAGAUUUUUUUUGUGUAUUCUGUAUUUCUACAGGUUAGAUACAGCUUGAUAAAGCCAGUGAUAAAAACUUUAUGUAAAAGACAUAUAUUUGUAUUUCUUUCCUUGUGUUUCAGUAGUUUAACCAAAACUAUAUAUUUCAACUUGGUCAAAACCCAGCACACAAUAAACUCCCAUACCUGCACUCUAUCUAAUUAGUAAGUCAUCAAACAAUCUUGUCAUUCUAAAAACAAUAGUCUUUAAACUACUUAAAGGUUCAUAGAAUCGCAUGUAUUUUUGUCUUAAAUAAAUGUACAUUCUGUAAAUAUGAUCCAUAUUGUGGCAGCCAUAAAAUAUUUUUCAUACUGUUUCACUAUUUCAAUAAGAUAACUGUUGCACUGCACAUACUGCUUAAUAUUUUGUCAUGAGAUGUAAAAUGUUGAUGUUAAAAUUUGCAUGUGUAAGUAUAGUGUUGUCAAAAAAUAACUAUAGGAAAAUAAAUUUCUGAAACUACAUACACUGAAGAUUCUUGUUGCUCUUGAACGUUUUGCAUAAAAAUAAUAAAUUUAACCCAGAACAUCAGUGUAAUUCACCCAUUAUGUUUUUAAUUUCUGCCC